UGUUUGAAUAAAGGGCGAUGUAUGUACAUACUUGAAAGAAGUACAUCGUCUGUCAAAUUGUUUGAACAAAUUUUAUGAUAGACACAUGCAUGUGUGUCACUUUGUACGUAAAAACCGACAUAUUUUGGAUAAAAAUUUCACUGACAUGUAAGAGCGUCAUUAAUGAAGAAAGUGAGUGCGCAGGCACGUUUGUUUUUGUGUCGUGCAACCUCGUUUAUUGCUACGGCCUACUGCAGUCUGCUACAGCUGUAGCUGUUGACAGCUGAUAUCGCUGAUAUGUGACAAACAUGGCGGAAUCCACGCAUAGUCCGGAGGAUGACCGACUCUCGUGCAAAAUCUUGAUUAUCGGUGCUGGUAUGGCCGGAUUAUCAGCGGCGAAUCAUCUGUUGAAGAACAACGAGACGGAUUUUUUUAUUGUGGAAGCGCGCAGCCGAAUAGGUGGACGGAUCGUUACCACCCAAAUUGGUGAUCAAAAGGUUGAAUUGGGAGCAAACUGGAUUCAUGGUGUAUUGGGCAAUCCCAUGUUCGAGCUGGCAAUGGCAAAUGGUUUAAUAGAUAUUGUACACGUGCCAAAACCUCACAAAGUAGUGGCGGCAACGGAGGAUGGUAAACAGCUGUCAUUUCCUAUCUUGCGAGAGAUUUACGAGGCUUACAUGUGCUUUCUAAGGCGAUGUGAAGAAUAUUUCCUGAGUACAUAUACCCCACCGGAUGAUAUAACCAGUGUAGGAGCGCACAUUGCACUGGAAGCGGAAAUAUAUUUGUCAUCUUUGGCACCUGAACAUCGAAGAAUCAGGCAAUUGAUCUUUGAUUGUCUGCUUAAGAGAGAGACUUGCGUUACGGGUUGCGACAACAUGGAUGAAGUGGAUCUUUUAGAAAUGGGCUCGUAUGACGAGCUUCAAGGCGGUAACAUCAGUCUUCCAAAUGGUUACAGCGCUAUAUUGGAACCUGUUUCAAAGCACAUACCAAAAGAUCGUAUCCUCACCAAGCACGUCGUGACAAAGAUUAGGUGGCAGGAACAGAAGCAUCCCCAUAAUCCUGAAGCAGAAUCCGAUUCUACCUUGAACAGUCUCCUACAAGUACAAUGUGACAAUGGAAAGACGAUCACCGCGGAACACGUAAUAUGCACAUUACCAUUGGGUGUUUUAAAAAGGACAGCUCAGGACUUGUUUGAACCGUCGUUGCCCGCUUACAAACUCGAAGCGAUAGACAGACUGAUGUUUGGUACAGUGGAUAAAAUAUUUCUCGAAUACGACCGGCCUUUCUUGAAUCCUGGUGUGUCGGAAGUGAUGCUGCUGUGGGACGACGAGCGAUUAUCCGAGCAGGAAAAGCAAGACAUCAGCAAGACCUGGUUCCGAAAGAUAUACUCGUUCAUCAAGAUCUCGGAGACGCUGCUGCUCGGUUGGAUAUCCGGUCGUGCGGCGGAGUACAUGGAGAAACUGAGCAGCAUCGAGGUAGCGGAAGUGUGCACCACGAUCCUCCGACGAUUCCUCAACGAUCCGUUUGUGCCGACCCCGAAGAACUGCCUGCGCACUACGUGGCACUCGCAGCCUUACACCCGAGGUUCUUAUACCGCGAUGGCUGUCGGGGCGAGUCAGCUGGACAUCAAGAGCCUGGCCGAGCCAUUAGUUCAAGAGAAAACGGAAGACGGAGUGUCCCGGAUUCUGGUAGCCUUCGCUGGCGAACACACCCAUUCGUCGUUCUACAGUACGGUACACGGGGCGUACCUGACCGGUCGCACAGCGGCCGAGUUAUUAUUGGGCGUUAAGCAGAGUGAAAAGCACGCGUUGAGUCUCAGCUGCGAGGACACUAGCGAUCUCAGCUCGUGGAUACAAGGCAUUUCUUUGAAUUAACGCAGGUUCACUCUCGUUCCUCGAAAGGCUGACGAAAUGUCAGCGCGAAGAAGAUUAGAAACGCUUUGCGAACGUGCAUAGGCGUCGUAUUCUAUAUUUUAGCAGCUACGCACGCACGUGUUCACGUUUACGCGUUAUUACGUUUUUCUUUUGUACAUAUCGUAGCGCGAAUCCGUUGUAUCCACAUUACGCGUUUCAUGUAAAUACACACACACGUAACACACGGUGCUUCUUAAGAUUUUAAGACUUCUGCGAGAGCGCGUCUUCUGCGGCUGAGACGUGCCUCAUCGCGCCGUUUUCAUGCGUCCACUUUGUUUCACGAAUUGACGAGGACGAGACCGAGCGGGCACGUUAGGAGUAAGGAGUAUUCAUUAUUAUCGCGCGCGCAUCAUGUGAAAUGAUGCGUUCGCAACGCCAUGUGCAAUGCCAUCGAAUUUACUGUGACUGCGUCGUGCGAAUUCACGUUCGACGGGAACGUUUAUGUUUUAUUCGUUAUAUUUUAUUAUGCAGCAGGAUGAUUGUUAACGCGACAAUGUCCCGGGAAUAAUCGUAAACGUUCUUUCGUGUUCACGCAAGCAAGUUUAUCUGUAUAGUAUCGAGUAAAUUGAUACAGAGUUAUAUCUGCCGGACUCGUGUAGAUAAUAUACAGUCAGAUCCAGUACGAAUAUGUGAGAGUCUAGGGAAUAAGCCUAAUUCGAAAUAUUCGCACGAGAUGCAACGACGACGUUUCUGACGAUUAUUUUUUAUGUGGACACACACGUGCGAACACAGCGAAUCAACACCGAGAUUUACAUCGUAAAUAAUGAUGGAAAGCGCACUGUAUACUUUGUUGCAUACGUUGUACUCUCGAUCUUGUAGAGUCGUCGUGUUUUACUAUCGGACUUUUGCUAAUUUGGCGAUCGCUCGUCUGACUUCUUCAACAUCGCCAAUCAAUGUCGUACUUACUAUUUAUUACAUUAUAUUAUAAUAGCAAAAAAAGUGCAGUUUCGUCAUGGAUCAACUUAAUCUAGUCAUUGAAUUCGAUUUUGAUUUUAAUAAAACCAAAAUGCAUUUGA